CUUGCUUCCCUGUGCUUGGCAGGUGGUGCUGUCACUUGUACUGCAUGGACUCUUGCUCAGUAGCAUGGGAGAAGAGGAAGGACUGCAUCAAACACCAUUCCUGGACACAAUGUUUGUGCGAGGAUUAAAGAGAAAAUGUUUUGAUGGUGAAGAAGAUAUUGAAGGCACUCUGGCUGGUAUUAAGGCUAUUCCUUCCUACAAUCUGCAGCGGCAGUCACUCCUAGACAUGUCCUUGGUUAAACUUCAGCUGUGUCACAUGCUGGUGGAACCCAACCUUUGUCGUUCGGUGCUCAUCGCCAACACGGUACGGCAGAUCCAGGAGGAGAUGACCCAAGAUGGGACUUGGCAGAUGAUAAAUACCCAGAGCACAGGGCAGGCAUCCCUGGAUCGGCUCGUUUCCACAGAUAUCCUCUGUCGUUCAUCUAGGGAUCACCAAGCUGAGGGAAAGCAUGGGCCAGCCUAUGGUACCUUCAAUAAAGACUUUGAGAGUGACCAGGCACAAGAUAAUUCAGAAACUAUGUCAACAGCUUCUGCAGUGCAAACACCAAGAAACCUGCAGAGCAACGUGUGGGAAAUGGAGAGUCCACAAGAAAAUAAAGGAAACUUUCAAAAAUCUUUAGAUCAAAUAUUUGAGACACUGGAGAAUAAAAGUCCUAAUACUGUUGAAGAUCUGUUUUCAGAAGUUGACAAUUCUUAUUAUGAUCUUGAUACUAUGUUAACUGGCAUGAUGAGCAACACAAAAAUGGGACACUGUGAUAGUCUUGAAACAUUUCCUUCUCCAACAAAUACAGCUUCUAACUCUAAUUGUAAAUCUGAUCUUAAUGACCUUGAUCAUAUUGUGGAAAUCCUUGUUGAAUCCUGAACCUUCUUGUGUGGAGGUAAAGAUCUGUUAAUGGGAAGAAAAGACUGGAGAGAGCAAUUUCCACAGUUGGUUCUAUCAAAUCUGCACGAGUAUUUUACAAAUAUCUAUAUAUUAUAUAGAUACAUAUAUUAAGAAGCACUUCAUAUUGCAAAAUAGUGUUAACUCUUAAAGUUAACCUGCAACUUGUAGUGUAAUAAUCUGAUUUAUUGUCCACUGAACUGUAAGUACGUAUGGUAAAAGUUUCUAUGUUGGGGGUCAAAGGCUCUUGAAAUUGGGUUCCUUUUACCAAUUUGUUUUAGCCUUUGAUGGAGGAUAUCCUCAGGGAGAGGGAUUCUCUUAUCCUCUUACACUUCUCCCAUAAAAAUGGUAACAAACAGAAGAGAGAAGAAGUUGGAUAACUGGUUUCCUGUUCCCUCCAGUUUCCACUUUGUUACAUGACAAAACUCCUACCACACCUGCUGCUUCUGUUUUGUGUCCCCACAUGGCUCUUAAAGAGCAAUAUGCAAUAGUUCUUGUUAUCCUUGCUAGCUUCUUCUGGGUUUUGCUACAAUUUUUACUUCAAAAAUAGUUUUAAAGUGUUUAUUGGUGUUUAGAUUUUUCCAGGUAUUUUCCUAAAAUAUAUUUUUUACUACAGAUGUUAUGUCAGCUGCUAACUUAGUAACUUCUGAUCAUAUCUGCAGUUGAUGUAUUUUUUGCAAGAUUUUCAAAAAGGGAUGUUUUUUUACCAUGAGCUACCCGAUGUAGUUCAGAAAAGUGUAUGUAAAUGUAAAUAUGCAAUUUUAUACUUUGCAUUAAAAUGUAAGAGCUGUUUUCAUGAUUCUGUUUUAUAGAGUAGUACUUUACUAAAUUGAGAAUUGUACAUCUAUGCUUUUCAUACUCCACAUAUUUGAGUAUCAUUAUAGGAAGAUCUUUGAUCUAGCUAGACACAAUUACAUUUAAUUCAUUUCAGACCAUACUUUUUUGUUAACUACAAACCUAAAUGAUGCAGGUUUUUAUUUAUGUGUAUUUAUAUGUAAAUGUCAUCAAGUGAAUUGUUUAUCAUUGAAGUCUACCAUCAAAUAUUUGUUUAUAUGGGAUAACUAUCUUGCACUAAUUACUACAAAAAGUGUUAUUAGCGGCCUUUUAAUCUCACUGGUUGGUAUGUCAUGAUGUCUUGUCAUAAUUAAUAUGCUCCACUCUUACCAAGGGUUUCUUCUUGGCUUUUUUAAUAACAAAAAAUGUAAUACAACAUGGGAUGGUGGUCUUUUCUUCCAGCACAUUUGGUUUAGAGUGUAUCUAACUAAUCUUGUUCCUAGGAGACUUUUUUUGGGGGAAAGGGAUAAUUUGAGUAUAGCCUGUGAUUUCAUUAUAAAAUAACAAAUGUUUCCCAUCAGAAGCUGCUACUGGGGAAAAGCCCCAAGCUAGCAGGGUGUAGGGAAGGGGGGAAAUAUGGAUUGGUUUGUAGAAUAUGUGGGCCAUGGCUGUGCCAGGGGAACACAUCUGUCAGUAACAAGUUGUUUUCUGUAGAUGUGAGCCAAGGCAGUUGCUGAAGAAGAAAAGAGAACCUUGCUGUGUGUGACAGGCUCUGCCUUGCCAUGAGUGACCUCACCUACAAUGCAGAUUCUCAAACCUGACAGGGGAUUGGAGGUGCCAAAGGGGUGUUAGAACAUCUGAGUAUCACUUCAAGAAUAAAGAGACCACUGAGCUUACCUGCUGUUGAAUCACCUGCUCUGAGGAAAGAUAUCAUUUAGCUAAAUUUUGCAAACUUAACAGUUGAAUGUGUAUUGGCUCCAUCUUCUGAAACUAUGCACUUUGUGUGAGUCUUCAGUGAACUAGAAGAUGUUUCCUUGUAUUAAAUUUGGCAUAACUUGUAAUUGCUGUAGUUAAACUUUGAUUCAUAACUUCAUGUUAAAGGAAGAAAUAACAUAUAGGCACUUGCACAUUCAGUCUGCAGGACACAGCUGGACCACAGAGAAGCCCAUGCCUUAACUGAGAGAUCACUUAUAGCUAUUGCAGCAAUAAAUGCUGAUUCAGGAGGAUCCAAAUACAGAUAAAAACUGUCAUAUCUCACAGUGAAAUAAAGUUGGCUUAUGUGGCAGUGUUUGUUGUAGUAUCAGAAAUUCUGUCAGAAAUUAUAAAUCUGCAGGUAAUUUUUCUUGAUGUUUUCCUGUGGGUGAACCACAGAACUGGAGAGCAAAUGCCUUAUGUAAAACAGAGAACCAGUUUCAGUUUUAUAAAAGGAACAUCAGCAUUGAUUGGAAUAACUAAAUAUCUUCUGUUCCUCUGGGAAACUUCUCCAAAACUGCUCUGAACUGUGUUGAAAACCCACAAGUUUGAGCAACUGUGUGUGUUCCCCUCUGCCCCCAUACCCUCCAUUUUCAUUAAAUGUGCAAUUUCAUGUUAAGAUAUUUUAAAAAUGCUCUUCCCCACCUCCUUAGUGUGCAUCAGUCUACACGUUACAGACAGGAAUCAGAAUAACUUGUUCAUAACUGUUAAACUGUGUAUGUCAAGUGCACAUGUGUGUAUUUAUAACUCUAUACUUCAUCUAGCUGGGUGCAUUCCUUUACUGGGGAAGCUGUGCCUACUUAAAACAAUUUCUAGAGUCCACUUGGCUUAACAGGAAAGCUGUUAGGUAAGCAGGCAUUUGUGGAGUUAAGCAUUUAUACAGAAAUGUAUAUCCUGUUUUAUUACAUUCUUAAAACUUAUGUCAAAUCUUAUGUCAAAUCAGGCUCUUACAAGCCUGAUACCUUGGCUCAGCUGGUAUAAGAAUUGGUAUUGCUGAAACUUGCACAGUCACUGUGCAGAACUGGGUGCCUACAACUGGUCUGACUUUGCAGAGACCAGUCUGUAAAAUCAGCUUGUCUCCCUAUUGCUUUAAUAAUGUGUCUCACUCUAAUUCAACUUCUCCUGGUUAAAAAAAAAAAAAAGAAUAGGAAAAAGAAUAGAAAAAAGAAGCUUUGUUUUUUUAACUGCUAUUCUCAUUUCUUUAGUGAGCUGUUACAACAAAUGGUGAGAGAUGAUAUUUGCUGCUGGGGAUUUUCUUAAUUUCUACAUGUAAAUGGGAAAUUUAAAGGACAUAGCUUCUGUAAUUAGGAAAGGCUUUUGACAGAUUUUGCUGCCACUCCCAGCAGCCUUUUUUCUCUCGUGCUCCUAGGGAAGAGUUGUGGAGCUUGCACAGCAUCAGUGCCCUGUCAGACAGGGCCGUUGGUGUGCUGAUGGCACUGGGCUGUGGAGCUGCAGCACAGCAAGCACGGUCAGGCACACAGCUCAUACCCAAUCUGCUUCCUUUGCAGGUAGCACUGAGUAUCUGUGCCCUUCUUCUGUGCCUGGGGUUUUAUUUCUCAUUUUCCCUUGCCAGAAAAUCAGAGAUCAGGCACAAGAAGUGCAAGGAUCCAGGCUGCUGUAACAAUGGCUUGUCUGCUUAUUGCUUCUCUGUUCCUGUGGUGUUUUUUAGUUUCUUUUAACCCCCUCUCUCUGUGCAGCUCUGGAAGUUUGCCUAGCAAAAAACAUCACCUGUCUCUACAACCAGAGCUGUAUUUGCCUAAAGAACAAAUUUGGUCAGUGAAGAGAGAAUCAGUGUUUGAAUUAAAAAAGCACCUUUCCUGAGCAGACUGCCUUGGAGGCACAGCAGUGAAGGGUUUCAGCCUGGAGCAGGUGAGGGAUUCACACAGAGCUGAGCCUUCAGACUCACCAGGAAUUACCUGUUCUCAAAGCUGUCCUUAGACUUUUUUGAAGUCUUGGGUAUGUCUGGGCUACUUUAGUAAGCAUUUUAAAAGGCAUUAUUGUAAAUUGACUGAGAGUAUAGUUUAAUAUUGUAAUUAUCAGACCAUUAUGGAUUUUUUUGUGUCUCAGAAUAUUGAUUUGUGUGACUGCUUUACAGUCUUGCAGCUUAUUCCAUAUUCCCUUAUAGGUAAAUGAACUGUCAAAAGCUAGAAUGAAAAAAACCCAAGACAUUUGCUUUCUGACAUCCAUGAUAAGAGAAAUAAAAAUGCUUUCAAAAAUUACUUUUGUUCAAAGUGAAAAUAUGCUUGUGUUUCAAGCCUGGGAUGUAGUCCCAUAUGCAAAAAAAAAACCCCAUGACUGAUAAUGACAAAUUUUGUUUGCUCAUCAGUUCUUAAAUGAGUGUUAUUUCACACUCUGACUAAAACUAAGAGUACAAAGCCACCAAGUUUCAAAGAAAUGAAAUAAACAUCUUGGGAACAUGCA